AUGUGCUCUAGCAACGACGAGCACCAGAACGAUGUCGAAGACGCCUCUCCUGUAGUCAAACGGAGGAAGAUGCAGAGAGCGUGCGACAUCUGCAGACGCAAGAAAAUAAAAUGUGAAGGCGGGUGCGUGCCCGGUGUCAAGUGUAUCAACUGUAGCUCGUACAACUUAGACUGCACCUACGUUGAAGCCUCCAAGAAACGUAGGCACCCGAAAGGUUACAUCGAGACCCUAGAAAAUAAACUGGCGAAGAUGGAAUCGUUGUUGCAUAAGUUCAUGCCCAAUGCUGACAUCGAUGAAGAGCUUACACAUACUGAAGGUGAUGCCAAAGACAGUCCGUCCGCUGAUGCUUCAAUUUCCAAGCGCAACCCCGCGCAGAGCAUGUCUGCCCUUUCCAGUCCCUCGCUAUCGGCCGUCAUGCCGCCGCGCUUGGAGCCUAGUAACCUCUCUGACGAUCCCAUAAUAGACGAUGAGGACAUUGAGCACGUCGCCCUUUCGGACAGGCUAAGAGCCAUGGAUAUGGACGAUUCCGAAGUACGAUUCUUUGGCAAGUCGAGCGGUCCUGCACUGGCCCACAAAGCCUUUGAAUUUAGGCGGGAAAUGGAAGAAGAAGACGUCGCCGACUUUAUCGAAAAAUUUAAAGUCAUGAGCAGCAGGCGUGCCGAAUUUUGGUCUAAUAGUAUACGUUCGAUGGAUUAUGACGAUAUCGAUCUCCAACCUGCCAAUUACUCUUUCCCAGAGCCUGACCUCCUUAAUUAUCUCGUUCAGUUAUAUUUUCUUCAACAUAACCUAUUCUGGCCUCUACUUCACCGACCUAUGUUUGAGCGAUCUCUGGCCAACGGGUUACAUCAUAUAGACAGCGACUUUGGAGCACUUGUUCUCCUGGUGUGCGCUGUCGGUUCACGCUACACUGACGAUCCUCGCGUCAAGGCCGAUGACACUCACACUCAGUCACAAACACGGCAUUUCAACGGUUGGAAAUGGUUCAUUCAAGUGCAUCGGGUCCAUAUGUCAUUGCUGCGACCACCAAAUCUGUGUGACCUGCAAAAAUGCGCACUUUCCGUGUUCUACGUGCAAGGAUGCGCUGCGCCACACGCUUCUUGGACGUUGGUAGGGACCGGUAUUCGCAUGGCCCAAGACCUUGGGGCACAUAGAAGGCGUGGCAGGCCGGGACAACCGCGCAACCCCGAGGAAGAGCUACUGAAACGGGCUUUCUGGGUUAUCGUCUCCCAGGACAGAAUGAUUAGUCUAACAUUAGGUCGUCCGUGUGCUAUACAAGACGAGGACAUCGACGCGGAAUUUCCCGUUGAUUGCGACGACGAAUACUGGGAACACCCUGACCCAGAACAAGCAUUCGUACAACCUCAAGAUAAACCGUCCUUAUUGUCCUUCUUCAUAUCCUAUCUGGCUUUGAACAGAAUCCUUGCCUUGUGUCUUCGUACAAUUUAUUCACUCAACAGAUCGAAAACUCUAUUUGUGCCCGUAGGGAAAUGGAAGCAAGACCUUGUUACCGAAUUAGAUUCGUUCCUUAACAAAUGGAUUGAUUCUGUACCUGACCAUAUUCGUUGGGAUCCUCAUCGCGAAAAUCAGAUUUUUUUCAACCAAUCUAUUUUCCUCUAUUGUUCGUAUUACCACCUUCAGAUUCUCAUUCAUAGACCCUUCAUUCCUUCUCCGGGAAAAUCAUCGCCUCUUGCUUUUCCUUCUCUCGCCAUCUGCACUAAUGCGGCUCGCUCAAUCAGCCACAUUCUGGACAGUCAGUAUCGCCAUCCGGAGAAUCCAAUGAAUCAUUGCACUAUGUCUAUCUUCAGUGCUGCAAUUGUUCUACUCCUAAAUAUCUGGAGUGGAAGACGUUCAGGGAUAUCAUUCGACGAAAAUAAAGAUUUGAUUGACGUUCAUAAGUGCAUGAAGACCUUGCACGAACUUGAGAAACAAUGGCCCUUCGCAGGUCGACUAUGGGACAUACUUCACGAGCUAGCUUUUGUUGGCGAACUGCCUCUUCUUCGCCAAGGUAUCUCUCCCUCAAACAAGCGACAGCGCGAUUCUGAUAAUCCGAUGUCCAUGGCAUCUCCACCGACUAACUAUUCCGACAUUGAUGCGACCAAUCCCGGGAGUCGGGCCAUCAAAAGUAACCGACGCGUAUCGGCGACAUAUCAGCAAGACUUUGCUAUGCCAGCCGAUGAUGUUUAUUCAACGCAUUUAUCUACCUUCACUCAGGUUGAACAGUACCCGAACGACAUCUCUACGCCUUUUACUAUGGGCGAACCUUCCUCCUCGUCCUCUAGCCUAUCCGCCGCGGCUCAGUCUUUCUCAGAUAACUAUUGGUUUGCUCCGCAUCCAACAUCGAGUAGCCAUCACCAACCCGUACAUGGUCAGGAUCCAUCGUCUUCCCAGCACAUGUUUGGUGGAUAUUCAAAUGAGAUUCCGCCUCUCAAUAAUGGUUUCUAUGACCAAGCACAAUAUCCUCAACCCUUCCAUCCGCCUGUAGAUAGUCUCCCAGAUCCGAUGGUGAUGACGAAUGACGGGCAGCCACUUAUGGCUAUGAUGGAUAAUUUUUCGCAGCCUCUCGUCGAUGCCGAAACUGUGGCUAUGUGGCCAACUGGAUUUGAGCUGGAAGAGUGGAGCAAGUACCUGACCAACGUCAGCGAAUUGACUCACAACGGAUCUGGAUAUUGA